UCGCUGUCGUAGGUGGACGCGGCAGUAGAUGCUGCAGUUUUGUAAAAUAUUUAAUUUAUUUUAGCUUUUUGUAUAAAUAAUUUUGUCUGGAAUGUUAGAGUUAAAAGCGUGUAGGGUGUGUUUUAGCACUGACGUUAAAUUAUGCAACUUAGAUACUGGUCAGUUGCGACAAUUUUUCAAUGUAAUAUCUGGAUUACAGACUCAUGAACGUAUUGGUAUGCCUGACUACUUGUGUGUGGAAUGCUCUGGAUAUGUUAAACGUUGCAUGAAAUUCAGACUAAAAUGUCAAACUGCCAACUAUGUAUUACGAGAAAUUAUUGGAAGAAAAAGUGAGAUAAAAAUUGAGGAUCUUAAGGCAAUAGACCGUAACACACUGGAUAUAGCACCAACACUUUCUUACGUAAAUCUAAGUAAAGUACAUUUUGAAGAAGUCAAAUUUCAGUGGACAAGACCCAACCGACUUGGUGUAGCUAAUAAAGUUGAUAUACCUGUGGUGAACUACAAUGAUAAAGAGGAUGAGAAAGUCAAAAUUGAGAAGCAUCAAGAUGGAGUACAUAAUGAUGAUGAUGCUAACAUGGAUGAUGAUUUUAAUAAUGACAUAUGGGGCGAAGGGCCAGAUAACUCAGCUAAUAAAAACAAUAAAACCGAUGCGGACAUUGUCGAUGGUUCUGAACUAGACACAGAGUAUGCUAAAUUGUAUAUAAUUAGUGCAAAAGAGGCUAAAGCUGUAGCAGAGAUUGGAAGGAUGUUCAGUAAUGGGAAGUUCAAGUGUAAUGUUUGUGCUAAGUGUUUUAAUAGUGAGAGCAGACUGAAUAUUCACUUAAGAAUGCAUGAUACGCACAUCAGUGGAGCAUACCAAUGCGACAUAUGCAUGUAUUACUACAAAACAGAGUUUAUGCUCAGCACUCACAUGACCGACAAACACAUGUACAAGUAUGUGUGUACCAAGUGUCCCGAUGUCAACUUUACCAGAGUAUCAGCAAAACACCAUUACACAUACUCGCAUUUAGACAAAAGCCAAAUAUCGGGGUCUAGAUGGACGCAAAUGCGUCCGGAGUGGCUCGACCCGCGCGGGGGGAAACGCACAAAAGGGGUGACAAUCAAAGCUAAGAAAAAAUUGCCCUGCAAACCCGCAGACUUUCCUCUCAAAGAAGCUGUCAGCCAGGAAGAGCAAUAUCGACUUCUUUUGGAAAGGAGGUCGUCUAGAAAUUAUUUGGAGUCUCAAUUCAAGUGUGAACUGUGUUUUAAAGGCUUCAGAGUGCUGGACACCUACAAUAAGCACAUGACUAAACAUGACCCUGUGCGGUCGGGCAAGUACCAAUGCGACAUCUGCAAGAUGUUUUUCAAGGACACCCGCAAGAUGUACAAGCACAUGAUCAUCAGCCACGUCAUCAAGUACUCGUGUCAGCUCUGCAAACACGUGUGUUAUAACCGGAAUCAAGCAAUAAUGCACUACAAAUGGCACAAGAACGUUACGUAUAAGUGUCCACAUUGCGAUAAAGUCUUUUCUAAAAUCUCGACCCAUCUGACCCACAUUCGCAUCAAACACCCCUCGUCGUUCAUGUGCAACCUGUGUGGCCAUAGCUUCGUCAGCGAAACUGGAUUGUAUUGCCACAAGCGGAUAACUCACACGCCCGAGGAGACGCAGCUGAGCGCGGCGGCGCACGACGACACGAGCCACCCGCUGUACUGCGCGGAGUGCCGCAUGCUGUUCCUCAGCGAGCGCGCCUUCGCCACGCAUCUCGGCAGCUCCAGCAGGCACGCCGCCACCAACCUGUCGAUAAAGGCGAAAAUUCGCGACACAAAACGUUUGGGCGACAAGCGGACAGGCGCAGGCCGCCGCGGCCGGCCCAGCCGCUCCGGUCACUCCGACAUCAUCAAUAACGGCUUAGCGACUUCUACCGCAUGCGAACUGUGCGGCAAGUAUCUGCCGAAUGACGUGCAAACUCGGCAUCAUUACGAGACUGAGCACCCCGGACACGAUUACCUCAAGCGCUACAUGUGCGACGUGUGCGGACACACCACUAAGCAAUACGCAAACCUCGUGGUGCAUAUGCGUACACACACGAACGAGAAGCCGUACGACUGUCCGCACUGCGACCGCCGCUUCAGCAUGGGCAGCAACCGGGACCGCCAUCUUGUUGUGCACACAGGCGAGAAGCGCUACCAAUGCCAGCACUGCAGCCGCCGCUUCACGCAGAGCAGCGCUGUGAAGCUCCACAUCCAGACCGUGCACAUGAAGAUCCCGUACGCGCCCUGGGACAAGAAGAACCGCAAGCGACGCAAGAACAGGGAGGGAUCUUCAGCCCCGGUGAGCUCGGUAGCGCCCGCAGCAUUCCCGCCGCAACAGAAACUGAUACUAGACGCACAAGGAGACUAUCUCAACGCCUACAUCAACUAUAACGAGUGAUUCGUGGGCAUAACUAGUUAUAACGAGUUAUAUUUGUGUAGAUACCGGACACGUCAAGCCAAAUGGAGGUUUAUGCUUUUCUACUACGGUUGUGUAUUCGUAUUUUGAUAUGAAGCUAAAUUUUAUUUAAAUAAUUAAGCUAAUUAAUAUUUAACAGAAACACUAAAAAGUAACACUUUUGGAUUUUAUUUUAUAAAUUUGACAAAUGAUUUUAUGAAAAUUAGUUAAGCGUAUUUAUACCGAAAAGAUGUACGCAGUUAUAUUUUAAUCAAGACUGAUGUUGAAAAUUUUCAAAACUUGUUUGUUUCGAUUUUAUUCAAAAUCAUGUACAUACGUAUUUUAACUGCCACAAUUUCCUACUAAUAUUUAAGUACCUACGUAAUAUGAUGAGAAUUUAGUAUAAUGUUUUUAUAUCUUCCGAUUUCGGUUGUGUUGUGAUAGUUUCAAUUAGUCAAUUGAAAUGAAGAAAGGUCAGGAAAUCAUUUAAAUGUAUAUUAUAAUGUGUUUAGUCAAAUAGGUAGUCACACUGUCAAGUUAAUUACCUUGCUAUGGGCGCGGCCCAAUUGCUCCGUCGUCCUCCGUUGCGUCGACUCAGCGCGUUGUUGUGCGUACGUGGAAACUCCUAAAAUUCCAGAGUUGUGUUACGUUGAUCGGUUGACGCAACGUAGCAAUGGGGCCUGGCCCUUGUAUUUGCCGGUAAUUAAAAAAAAAUGUUCUAAAUGUUCAACUGAUGUUGGCUACUGGUUUGUACGUAGAAGAACUAAAAAAAGAUAACAAUUGAUUUAUUCGGUUUAUUGUAAAUGAUAUGAUUUGUGAAACGCUACGUUUGAGAUUUUUAAUCGGACGCUUAACGGCUGUGGCAUUCGGAAAAACAUGAGAGAGAACUUUCUAAUACUAAUUGUAUUGAUGCACAAUAUCAACAAGUCAUUUUUAGUGUUUCAAAAUUUCGUGUUUAUGUACUGUUUACAACUUAUUACAGGCGUAUUGUAAAACUUAAGUGAUGUAAACAAACUUCAAAAUCGAAGGACGUUUUUUUAUCGAUUAAUUGAUAUAUCAUUAUAACAUAAGGAACUUAACCCACUUUAAUUUUGUGGUUUUGUUCAUUAGUUUAACACGCCGGUGUGAUACAGAAGAUAUUUUAUUUUCUUCGCAGUAACGAUCACUAACAUUGUAGGUACAGUCCCGGCCAGAUAAAGUUAUAUAUAUUACUGUAUCUGCCCAACUGUACGUAUCUUUGCGAGUACGUAUGUGCGCGCAUAAAUUUAAGUUGAUCAAUAUUACAUGUACUGUACUUAAGCAAUGAAAUGAUAUUCAAAGACAUUAAUAAGAUUUUUUGACAGAGUGUUAGGCUAUGAAUGGAAAAUAUCAGGUUUUUAUGUAGCACUAGUUCGAUAACUGGACUACAUCUACUUAUUAAAGAGUUGCAAAAGUUCGAUGAUUUGAAUCUACUCAAAAGUUACACUAGUUCGGUUAAUCCAACUAGUGCAACCAGAAGAUAAUCAUCAUUUUGUGUGAUAGAAAAAUAAUGUGUAAUUUAAAUGAUUGGCAAGUUUUAAUGUGUAUUUAUUAUGUGAGGUUGAUUUAAUUUGCCUUAAAAGUAUUUUAUUGUAAUAGUACAUUAAUAGGAUCUUAUUUUGAAUACAUAAAUUUAAUUUAA